AUGACAAAGGAUUUAAUUACUGACACAGAUCAACCCCCUCAAGAAGAGAGCCUUACUUAAAUGAGUAAAAAUUUAGCUAGAGUUGCAAUUCCUAUUAUUGUCGGCUAAAUAUUUUCUAUGUUUGUUGAAAUGCUGAACUUGGUUUUUGCUGGACAUCUCGGUGACCCAGUGUUUGUAGCUGCUGCUGGCCUAGGUAAUAUGUAUGCAAAUGUAACAUGCCUUUUGGUUAUCUACGGACUCAAUAGCGCCAUAGCGACGCUAGUUUCCUAAGCCUAUGGAAGUGGCAAUCUCAGAAAAGCUGGAAUUUAUUUAAACAAGGGUAGGAUAGCAAUAUUGUUGUUUUUCAUUCCAAUAUUUGGACUGAUGUUCCUCUGCGAAACAUUUUUGUUAGCGCUGAGAAUGGAUCCGGAAACUGCGCGAUAAGCUCAAGUUUAUACUUAUGGAUUAGUCGUUGCACUCUUCUUCCAGGCAUAAUUUGACGCUACAAGAUAGUAUUUAAAUGCUCUUCAAAAGUCUUAGGUUAUUACAAAUAUCAUGAUUUUCUCAUCCUUCUUCCAUUGUGGUGUUUUAUAUAUUAUGGUAAUCAAAUUGGAAAUGGGAAUCAUUGGAGCAUCUGUUGGGACAAUAAUCACGUAUUUUUUAAACACUAUCAUCGUGACAGUGUAUUGUAAAUUGAAUGAAGAUCUUAAAGAAAGCUUCUUUUUUCCGACUUUGGAAUGCUUUGAGAAUUUAUGGGAAUAUUUCAGUAUGGGUCUUCCAUCAUCUGCAAUGAUUUCCCUUGAAUGGUGGAGUUUUGAAAUCUAAGCCAUUUUAGCCAGCUAUAUUUCAGUUGUUGCUGUAGGUUCAAUGGUUAUACUAAUUAAUACAUUGACUGUUCUUGCUAUGAUACCAUUCGGAGCAUAGAUUGCAGCUGCAGUAUUUGUCGGUAAGUCAAUGGGAGAAGGAAAUGCCAAGAAAGGAUAGACCUAUACAAAACUCAUUGUAAUUUACACAUUCCUAAUUUGUAUUUUAUGCUCAGUAUGCCUAGUCUACUUUAAUGAAACAAUAGCUAGAAUUUUUACUAACAAUGAUUAACUCUUAGCUAUGACAAUUGAAAACUAUAAAUACAUUGCUAUUUUCCUAAUUGUUCAUGGUAUUGGAAUGUCUGUAGGAGGAGGACUCAGAGGAAUUGGAAAACAAUCAGUAGCAACCUGGCUUAUAUUUGCUGGCUUCUUUUUAUUUGGCCAUCCAGUUUCAGUGCUCCUAGGAUUCUACUUCGACUUAGGAAUGAAAGGACUUAUUUUCGGAUUUUGUAUAGGUAGCUUUGCAAUGGGCUUCUUUUAUCUGAUAAACCUAGUAUUUUUGACUGAUUGGCAAGCAAGAGCUAUUGCAAUAAGAAAAAAAAUGAGAGAUGAUCUUCAUGAUUAGAAAUUAAUGGUAAACAACCCUGACCUAAAAGCUAACCUGCUUCAUUGA